AUGACAUAUUUAAAUUCAAAAUCAUUACCAUCUACACCAUUAAAUAUAAAAUCAAAUCCACAAGAUUAUUUUUCAUUAAAACCAAUAUUAUCAUUAAAUUUAAGAACUAAUUCAAAAUUACAAAAUAAUCCUUCAGAUUCAGAAGAUGAUGAUGAAGAAGAAGAAAGUGAAUUUGAUGAAACUAGAACAGAUAAUAUUCAUGAUAUAAUAGAUAAAUUUGAUCAAGUUUCGAUAAUGAAUCAUCAUGAUGAAAAUAAUAAUUUAAUACAUCAUCAAGAAAAUGAUGAAGUUUAUUUUUCUCCAAUAACUCCAUUUGAUCCUUUAGAUUCUGAAGAAAUUCCAAAAAACAAAUUAGCAUCAAUGAAAAAUUUAUCAAGAACAUCCUCUCCACAAUUAACUACUCCAUCAUCACCUUCAAAUACGACCUCAACUAAUUUUAAAUUAAGCUUACCAAAUUUAUCACCAUUAAAUCUUUUAAUAGUUGAUGAUAAUAUUAUAAAUUUAAAAAUAUUAAAUAGAAUAUUAUUAAAAUUAUAUCCAAAAUCAAAUAUAACUCAAAUUAAAGAUUCAACAUUAGUACCAAAUUUAUUAAAUUUAAACACUUAUGAUUCAAUUUUUAUUGAUAUUGAAAUGCCAAUUAUAAACGGAUUAGAUUUAGCAAAAUUAAUAAGAGAUAAUAAAAAAUUUAACAAAACAAGUUUAAUUGCAGUAACUACUAGAAAUUCAUUUCAAGAUUUACAAACUUUUCAAAAUUUAGGUAUUGAUUAUACUUUCAAUAAACCAUUAAAUUAUAAAUUAGAAUUUAUGAGUAAUAUAAUCGAUAAUUUAAUGAAAUUUAGAAAAAAUAAUGAUAUUAUAAAUAUUAAUAAUUAUUUUUCAAAUUCUGGUACUAGCUCAACUAGAAAUUCAAUUAGUUCUUGUUGUUCAACUAUUCAAUCCGAUUUAAUGAGUAAUAUAUCAAGUACUACAUCAAAUUCAAAUACUUGUUCAUGCCCAACUAAAUAA